AUGAUAAAAAGUGAACGCACCAAAAAAAGAAAAAUUCAAAAUGAACUCAAUAUUCUUGAACUUAUAGAAACUAAUAAGAUAACUUCAAACCAACUUUAUUGUUCCAAAAACCUCGCUGAUAAUCAUGAAAAUAGUCCAUUACAUGAUAAUGAUCCUUCAAAUAUUUCUCCAGAUGUAUAUGUACCUCAACACUUACAAAACAUAACACCAUGCAUUACACCUACUAUACUAAAUGAGCCAAAUGUUAUGCCUGAAUAUUCUGAAAAUACUGUAAAUCAACUUCCCGAAUCUGGUUUUCAAGAUGCUGUGUCUAUAAAAGACUUUAUUGCUAGUUGGUCAAUUACAUUUAAUGUACCUCAUAAUGCUGUCAAUAACUUGCUUAAAGGUUUAAAAAAACACAAAUGCUUCAAAGAUUUUCCAGUUGACUCUAGAACGUUAUUGGCUACUCCCAAACAAACUUCUACAAAAUUAAGAAGUGUUGAUCCCUGCGGCACAUAUUUUCAUUUUGGAUUAACAACUGGUAUUAUGAAAUAUACUCCAGAUAAUAUGCUGAACGUAGAAAUUGUUAUAGGCAUAGAUGGACUUCCACUAUUUAAGAGUAGUGGUGCACAAUUUUGGCCAAUCUUGGGAUAUGUAAUAGUUUCACCUCCAUUAUUAAAAAAAGUUUUUCCUAUUGGAAUUUAUUUUGGAUAUGAGAAGCCCAAAGAUAGCAAUAAUUUUUUAUCCGAUUUCAUUACAGAAGCUAAAGAUUUGAUUAAGAACGGUUUAAUUGUAAAUCAAGUAAAAAGAAAAAUCAUAAUUAGUGCAUAUUGCUGUGACGCCCCCGCAAAGGCUUUUGUUUUAAAAAUUAAAAGCCAUACUGGCUUUUCUUCGUGCACACGCUGUACGAUUGAUGGACAAUAUUUGAAUAAAAGAGUAUGUUUUCCAUAUUCAAAGAAGAAGUGCACAGAGAGAACUCAUCAGGCUUACACUAAUUUUAUAGAUGAUGAUUUUCAGACAUCUCAGACUCUUUCUGUACUUAAUGAAUUACCAGGAUUCGAUUCAGUUAAACAAUUCUCUCUUGAUUAUAUGCACCUGGUAUGCUUAGGAGUCAUGAAAAAGUUGAUGCUUCUAUGGAUACAAAAAGGUCCUUUACACGUCCGCCUUAAUUCAAGAAAAGUGAAGGAAUUGUCUUUAUCAUUGAUAUCAAUGAAUCUAGGUAUCACAUCUGAUUUUUCAAGAAAGAGUAGAAGUAUGAACGAAAUUCAUCGGUGGAAGGCUACAGAAUUCCGAUUAUUUUUGUUGUAUACAGGUCCGAUUGUCUUAAAAAAAAUUAUAAGUGAUGAAUGUUACACUAAUUUUAUGGCUCUGAAUAUUUCUAUGAUAAUACUUCUUAGUCCAGAUCGCAGUAGUCUUAUACCUUAUACUAAACAUAUUUUAGAUUAUUUUGUAAUGAGUUUUCAAAAAAUAUAUGGAAAAUAUCUCUUAUCACACAAUAUUCAUGCUUUAUUACAUUUAUGUGAUGACUACCAGCAAUUCGGUCCUCUAGAUAACUGCAGUUCAUUUUUAUUUGAAAAUUAUAUGAAAAAAAUUAAGUCUUUGGUAAGAAAAGCAGAUCAACCAUUAGAGCAAGUAAUUAAUCGUUAUUCUGAAAUAAAUUCAAUUAAUAGAAAAGAAUCUUUUAAUUUAAUAAAUUAUAAUGACAAAUCAGAAUUAAAGCACCCACAUAACAAUGGUCCAAUAACAAAAAAUAUCAAUGGACAACAAUAUUAUACUUUAAUAUUUAGUCAAUUUAAAAUUAAUGUUAAAUUUAAUAAAGAUUGUACUAUUUUGACCAACAAUGGAGAAGUAGUAAAAUGUUUAAAUAUUAUUCAAGUAUCUGAUGAAAUAUUACUAAUUGGUAAAAAGUAUGAAACAUUAUUACCAUUUUUCACUGAUCCUAUAAAUUCUACAAUCUUGGAAAUAUUUAUAUUGGAUAAUUUAUCAAUGAAUUUAAAUUGUUGGAAGUUAACAAGCAUUAAAAAAAAACUUAUGGUUCUGGAAAAUGAUGGUACUUUAAUAGCCAUGCCUAUUAUACAUACUAUUGGACACAAUGAAUAA